AUUUUUAUCCCAAGACGGAGUUUAGGACUCGUGCUUAUGAUGUCAUCUUUAAGAGCCGCCACUUGCUGUUUGCGUAAGAAUGGCGGUGCUACUUGAAACGACAUUAGGUGAUAUCGUUAUUGACUUGUACACAGAAGAAAGGCCGAAAACUACCCUGAAUUUCCUAAAAUUAUGUAAAAUAAAAUACUAUAACUAUUGCCUCGUCCACAAUGUUCAGAGAAACUUCAUUAUGCAGACUGGAGACCCCACGGGGACUGGACGAGGGGGGGAGUCCGUUUUCAGCAAACUCUAUGGGGAUCAGGCAUGUUUUUUUGAUGCAGAGAAGGUUCCAAGAAUCAAACAUAAGAAGAAGGGAACUGUAUCUAUGGUGAACAAUGGCAAUGACCAGCAUGGUUCUCAGUUCCUCAUCACAAUGGGUGAGAACUUGGAUUACCUGGAUGGGGUUCACACCAUAUUUGGAGAAGUGACUGAAGGAAUGGACAUCUUGAACAAGAUAAAUGAGGCUUUUGUGGAUCAGAAUUUCAUCCCCUUCCAGGAUAUAAGAAUAAACCACACUGUCAUUCUCGAUGACCCUUUUGAUGACCCCACUAACUUAGAAAUUCCAGAUCGUUCACCUGAACCAACCAAAGAGCAGUUAGAUAGUGGGCGAAUCGGAGCUGAUGAAGACAUAGAUGACACGGAAGGGAGGACUGUAGAGGAGCAGGAUGAGUUGUUGAAGGAGAAAGAGGCCAAGACUCAGGCUGUCCUGCUGGAGAUGGUGGGUGACUUACCUGAUGCUGAUGUGAAGCCUCCAGAGAAUGUGCUCUUUGUGUGCAAGCUUAACCCGGUGACCACAGAUGAGGACCUGGAGAUAAUCUUCUCUCGCUUUGGUUCCAUCAAGAGCUGUGAGAUCAUCAGAGACUGGAAGUCUGGGGACUCUCUCUGUUAUGCCUUCAUUGAGUUUGAAAAGGAGGAGGACUGUGAAAAGGCUUAUUUUAAGAUGGACAAUGUGCUCAUCGAUGAUAGAAGAAUUCAUGUCGAUUUCAGCCAGUCAGUUGCCAAGAUAAAAUGGAAAGGAAAAGGGGGAAAAUACACAAAAGAUGACUUCAAGGCAUAUGAAAAAGACUUGGAGAACAGAGAGAAACUAGCUAUUAAGGACAAGCACAAAGCUAUGCAAGACUCCAAGUACGAGCUGCUUUCAGACGAAGACGAGGACGGGGGAAGCCAUCGGCAUUCUGGGAAAAAACACAAAGAGAAGAAACGUCAUCAUUCUGAUGAGGAGGAUGGCAGAAAGUCCAAGAAACCCAAGGACAGCGAGGACGGCAGACGUGAGCGAAAGGCCGGUCGACAGCGCUCUCGCUCCAGAGAUCGGGAACGACACGGGCAGCACAAGCACAGCCGGGACCGGGACCGGCACCGGCAGGAGAGCCGAACCAAGGGCCACGGGUACCGGGACCGGAGCAGGAGCCCCAGGGGGUCCAGGGACAAGGACCGCCGCCGGCAGUGAUGAGUGGAUGAAGAGGACUGGGAACGGAGGGCAGUCCAUUUACAGAAACUGUCUCGCUGGUGCCGGAUAACAUUCUUCAUCAGAUGGACUUGUGUAAUAAGAGUGUUCCUAGCAUGUGAGUGGUUCAUUAUGCCCUUUUAAUUAAAUUCCCUCCCUUUUUAAUUGUUAAACCCAUGGCUUAAUCUUCGCUGUCCCCCAUCUAAGCUGUUGAUUGUUACAGAUAACAUUAAAGCGUUCAUGAUGAGUUGCGUAUCUUACCAGCUACAGGAAGUGGAAACCAUAUCUUAAACGCAGUUUAUCGGUAUUAUGAUGUAAGGUUUCUAUACUCACUUCGCAAACACCUACUGAAAUUACUGUUUAACAUCGUUUACUAGUCAUUAGUUCCUUGUUUUUCUCUUAACAUCCCUAUGGUCGUUAUUUGCUGUCGAAAUAGUUUAAACCACCUCAUCCGUUCCUCCUCUCAGCUCUUGGUUCUUGGCGCUUUUUGUGGCUGUUUGUACGGUUUAAUGAACAUGAGGCCCAGGGAUCCCAAAUCUCUCAUUAAUCUCUCCGCCAUGACUUUUUCAUAAACUCUUAUCGCAAAUAGUAACAUCUGAUUGGAAAGAUCAGGCUGCAGAUUAAAGAAAGUGGUGUGCGAAUAGCA